AUGUUCUCCACGGCGCGUCGCUGGCUGCGCCGGAACAAGACGCCCAUUGCCAUUGGCGUGGGCGUCGUCGGCGCCGGCUACGUCGUCACGCAGUAUGUCCUCAACAAGAUCAACGACGCGCGCGAGCGCAUGAGCAGUGAGCGCAUCUCCAAGGAGAACUUACGGCGACGAUUCGAGCAGAACCAGGAGGAUUGCACGUUUACGGUCCUUGCACUACUACCAACUGCGACCACGAACAUCCUCGAGGCCAUGAACACGGAGAGCAUCACCCUCGAGAUUCAGCAGAUGAAGAGCACAAAGGGCGUGCGGAGUGGGGAGUCAAACGGGCCGCCGCCGAGUAUCGCCGACACAACGUUGACCGAAGAGGAAGGGAGGAGCAUGGCCAGCUUUCAGAGUGACAGCGGCGUGCACGCGAGCCAGGUCGUCGCCACACCUUCCACGACGAGUGCGCCAAGUAUAAGCGAGGGAGCGCAGCAGCAGCCAGAGACUGCGACAAAGAAGAAAUCCAAGAGGCAGCUAUGGGAUGACCUCACCAUCAGCGCCAUCACGAGGUCGUUUUCUCUCAUAUACACACUUGCCCUGCUGGCCAUGUUCACUCGAGUUCAGUUGAACCUUCUGGGUAGACGGAGCUAUCUGUCGAGCGUCGUGGCCUUGGCCACCAGCACACAGCAAGCGACGAUCAGCCUUGAGAAUCAUGAUGACGACAAUGCCGACCAGGCAUACGGCAACGACUUUGACACGAACCGGAAGUACCUUACCUUCAGCUGGUGGCUGCUCCAUCGUGGGUACGCCGACAUCGUGGCGCGGGUCGAGAGUGCCGUGCGCACGGUGUUUGGCAGUCUCAGCCCCAGAGAUCUCGUCAGCUUUGAUCGGUUCUCGGAGCUGACCAUGCAGGUGCGCAAGCUCGUCGAGGGUGCCACGCCGCAGCAAAGACAGGAAGCGGACUGGCUGAAGUUCUUGCUGCCCCCGCGAGACAAGGAAGAUGAGGUGAUCAGGGAGUCCGGGGUCCUGGAGGAGAACCCCGCCCAGCAGUCGCAGGGCUCGCAAGCCUCGUCUGCCUCACUGCGGAGGUUGCUCGAUGAGACGGCCGAUCUGAUCGAGUCGCCUGCCUUCUCACACGUUCUGACUCUUCUCCUCGACGCGGGCUUUUCGUCAUUGGUGGACAAGAAGCUGGCGAACGAGGCCUUUGAGUUCCCUGCCCCCAACGAGGGCGGCAUUCUUGUCACGGACAACAGUGAGCUCAAACACACACAGCACAUCUUGCUGCCCAAGAUCCUCUCCGUCUUGACACGCCAAGCGCACGUCAUCGGGAAUGGUGUGCCGAACGAGUAUCUCCAGGACAUGGAGAAGGUGCGGGAUCUAGAGGCCUUUGCGGCCGUUGUUUAUUCGAGCAACUGGCAAAACGAGGUUCGUGAGGAGGGGCUCAUGGAUAGUGCGGUCUACGUGGAGAAGCCCUCGGAGACGACUUUGGACAAGUCAACACAGGACGACCCAAGCGUUGCGCUGGCGGAUAGCCAGCAGAGUGGUUUGGAGUGUGCUUGGGAGCGGGCCAUGGACAAACAGGCGUAG